UAUAGCUAUUAAUUUGGUUUCAAAGAUAUAGUUCAAUUGUUGCAAUCAUUCAAGUAACAGCACUACAAAUCCCAAAAUAAUAUCUAAAAUGGCAUCAAAAUUCAUUGCAUUGUUCGCUCUUGUUGCUGUUGCAUCAGCUCAACAUUAUCAAAAUGACUAUUACAACUCGAACUAUGACAAUCAUCAUUAUGCUGCCCCAGCUGUAGUUAAGCAAGUUCAACCAGCUUUGAUUAAGAAAGUUGCAUAUGAACAUGAAGCCCCAGCAAACUACGAAUUCAACUAUGAUGUCCAUGAUCCACAAACUGGUGACAUCAAGCAACAACACGAAGUUGCCAAGGAUGGUGCUAUCUCAGGAGAAUACUCAUUGAUUGAUGCUGAUGGAUACAGACGUAUUGUUUCAUACACAGCCGAUGAUCACCAUGGAUUCGUUGCCAAUGUUCGUCGUGAACCAGUUGAAGGUCACAAAAUCGUUCAAGUUGCACAACCAACCUACACAAAAGUUGCUGCUCCAGUUGCACAGAAGUAUGUUCAAUCAGCCCCAGUCUACUCAGCCCCAGUUGUUCAGAAAUAUGUCCAAUCAGCCCCAGUUGUUCAGAAAUAUAUCCAAUCAGCCCCAGUUUACUCAGCUCCUCAAAAAUACGUCCAAUCAGCUCCAGUCUACUCAUCUCCAAUCUACUCCGCUCCAGUUGUUCAGAAAUACGUUCAAUCAGCCCCAGUAUAUUCAACUCCAAUUGUACAGAAAUACGUCCAGCCAGCUCCAGUUGUUGAAAAGUAUGUUGCCCCAGUUGUAAAGUCAUACCAGCCAGUCGCCGUUAAAGCUGUUGCUCCAGUUAAAUACUCAUCUGCUGAACACUCAGCUCAUGUUGCCGUCAAUGCACCACACUUCAACUACCAUUACUAAAGAGUCUAUUGAACUGUUAUAGCAAAAUCUCGGUUAUGAAUUUAUGUAUAUAAUUUAUUGAAUUUUCUCUAAAAAGAAAUUCUGUGUGUUCUGUACUUAUUAAGUUGUAAAUAAACUUAA